GAACGCAGUCUUUGCGACGAUCAGCGUAUAUAUUCAAGACAAGCACAGCGAUGCCAUUGAUGCACGUCUAGUAACAGGUAAACAAGUGGGAAUAGGAACAGCGUGAAGAGACAAGUGCAGUCAAAGUUCAUUUAGAAGGCAUUCAUCUCCGCCACGGUUGGUUGCAGUCAGACGACAAUGGCUCUAUACAGACGCAUCCCAGGCUCUAUCGCUGUGAUCACACUGACAAAUCCGCCUGUUAAUGCACUCAGCUGCACAGUUCGAGAAGCUAUCUAUGAGACAGUGAAGAGGGCAACUGCUGACCAGGAAGUGAAAGCUAUUGUGUUGUGUGGAGCCAAUGGGAAGUUCUGCGGUGGUGCCGAUAUCAAGGAGUUCACAGGGGAGAUGCGAGGCCCCCCUCUGGUUCCCAUGAUCGGUAUGAUUGAAGAAAGCGAGAAGCCGGUAGUGGCUGUGAUCGAGGGAGUGGCUUUCGGAGGAGGCCUGGAGCUAGCCCUGGGCUGCCAUUAUCGCAUCGCUCACUCCGGGGCUCGGGUUGGGCUCACUGAAGUGACUCUCGGGCUGCUCCCGGCUGCGGGCGGCACGCAGAGACUGCCCCGGCUCAUCGGAGUGCCCGCUGCACUGGACAUCAUCACCACAGGACGGCACGUCUCAGCUCAGGAAGCUGUCCAGCUGGGGAUUGUGGAUAAAGUCACUGACAGCAACGCUGUGGAGGAAGCCAUUGAGUUUGCAAAGACAGUAGUAGGUAAGCCCACGGGCCCUCGGAGACUCAGCUUGUGGACAGUCGCCUGCCCUGAGGACCUGGACUCCCUCCUGGAGGGCGCGCUGGUGAGGAUCAGGCAGCGCUCGCGAGGGACCUUGGCACCGGUGGCGUGUGUGCAGGCGGUGAGAGCCGCUGCUAGCCUGCCCUUUGCUCAGGGGAUGAAGAAGGAGCAGGAGCUGAUGGCAUAUCUGUUCACCUCCGGGCAGGCCCGCGCCAUGCAGUACUGCUUCUUCACCCAGAGAGCGGCUGCCAGGUGGACCAUGCCUAGCGGAGCCAGCUGGGAAAACGCCAAGGCAAGGCCUAUACGACAGGCAGCCGUUAUAGGGUUAGGAACCAUGGGAAGAGGGAUUGCUGUCUCCCUGAGUCGAGCUGGGAUCCCAGUCAUCGCUGUGGAAACGGAGCAGAAACUGCUGAAGGCUGGAAGGAAAGCCGUGAGCUCCAUGCUGACACGAGAAAGCCAGAAACGGGGGCUGGCAGAAGCGCGUCUGGGGCCGGUCAGCUUCACACUUGAUCUCCGCAAGCUGCGAGACACUGACCUGGUGAUUGAGGCUGUCUUCGAAGACAUGGCUCUCAAGAAGCAAAUCUUCAGCAAGCUGUCCUCUGUGUGUCGCCCUGAUGCGCUUCUGUGUACCAACACCUCUGGACUAAAUAUCGACGAGAUCGCCUCUGCUGCCUCUAGGCCUGAACUAGUGGUAGGCGCCCAUUUCUUUGCACCGGCUCACGUGAUGAAGCUGCUGGAGGUGGUCUGUGGCCCUCGGACCUCUCCCACCGCCGUGGCGACGGUAAUGCAGCUGGCCAAGCACUUGGAGAAAAUAGGAGUGGUGGUGGGCAACUGCUUGGGUUUCGUUGGGAACCGCAUGAUGAGGCCUUACACAGAGCAGGCCUACUACCUCCUGGAAGAAGGAGCCAGACCAGAGGAGGUGGACCUUGUGCUGGAGGAGUUUGGCUUUGCUAUGGGCAUCUUUAGAGUGAUGGACCUCUCUGGCCUGGAUGUGGGCUGGAGAUCCCGUAAGGAGCUGGGGCUGACCGGGCCGAAGCUGCCCCCUGGAACCUCAGCUCGCAGUCGGGGUGGGAAAAGAUACAGCCCGCUCCCCGACAUCCUCUGCGAGAGUGGGCGGCUGGGUCAGAAGACAGGCCGAGGCUGGUACCUGUACGAAAAAGAAAGGGUCGCAACCCCAGAUCCUUGGGUGCAGAGCUUUUUGGAAGAUUACAGGAGCCGCUUUGGUAUCCAGAGCCGGCACGUGGGUCAGGACGAAAUCCUAGAGCGCUGCCUGUACUCGCUCAUUAACGAGGGCUUCCGGAUCCUCCAAGACGGGAUAGCGGCCUCCCCGGAAGACAUUGAUGUUAUCUACGUCUCUGGCUACGGGUGGCCGCGCCACAGGGGAGGUCCCAUGUUCUAUGCCUGGAUGGUUGGGUUGCCUAAAGUUCUGGACAAGCUGGAGCAUUACCACCGGACCCACCCAGACAUCCCAAACAUGGCGCCCAGCAGCCUGUUGCGAAAGCUGGUGGCUAGAGGAAGCCCUCCAAUUCAGCAAUGGAGAGCCCUGAUUCAGCAGCAUAGCAGCCAGCUUUGAAGAGAAACAGCAUGUGGCAGUCUGGAGGGGCAUGGAGACUUUGGAAAUGGAGUCCAAGUUUAAAAUCUAGAUUAAAAUCUAAAGAUCUGCUUUCCAAUUAUAUGCUAGGUGCUUCCAAGCAAAUUGAGCUGUAUUGAUAUAGGGCUGAUUAAUAACAAAUAACAGAUACAUUUACUGGUAGCUUGUUGUCAGUGAUUAAUUUCUUAUUCGAUUUACCCAUCAUUGUGUCUACAAUUAAUCAUAAAGAUAAUUUUUGGUAUGUUGGAGAGUUGUGGGGUUACCUCAUUGCUUCAGGUUUUGUUUAACCCAACAAACCUCAGUGAGAUUGAGAAGCAGCACUGGUUUUCUCUACCAUAUAACCUGCACUAACAGCACAAGUGGUACCGUAGUAGGAGAGCCUGAUGCUGACCGUGACAAAUGACUCUUUUUUUAUAUUUGUAGAGAAAUCUUUUGACAUUGUUGUGCCAGUGAUUUCGAUGACUAUAAAAUGUAGAAAAUAUAUAUUUUGCAAUUAAGAAAUAUGCUAAUGCGCUUAUUGCAUUCUGUACUGGUUACACUGUUUAUUAAACACAUUUUCACUUA